GAAAGACGACAGACGAGUGUGUGCGUUAUCAGUAGCAAGUGACUUGCUGAACAGAAGCGAGGCCAACAAAUCGAGUGUUCGAGGUGGUAGGGACACAUCGGUGUAGAAGAGGUCACAGGUUACAGUUGUGACCUGCCGUCACUGAGGACACGUCUACACAAAGCUAUCAAGCUGGUAGUCUGCUGUAGUCGGCAGUUUGCAGUCGUUGUGCUCGCCAUAUCGUCUGUACCGUGGACAUCGGUCUGUUCGUCUGCUUUGUGAUUCUUAACAUUCUUUGGCUGAAACUUGAAGACCAUCUCAUCCACACAUGGCGGUCAAAGGGAAGAAGUGGAUCCUUGCAAAACUGUUUGAGGAAGAACCCAAACUGUCGGACUUUCAAAUUGUGGAGGAAGAAAUUUCUACUGAUUUGAAGGAAGGAGAGGUUCUGGUGGAGGCGUUGUACCUGACAGUUGACCCUUACAUGAGAGGGAGACCUUACAAAGUCGGUGACACUUUGAUCGGCGAACAGGUGGGAAGAAUAAAAGAGAGCAAAAAUCCCAGCUACCCGAAAGGUACCCUGGUGUUGGCCUACACGGGAUGGCGUACUCUCACCCUUGUGUCAAAUCCUGACGAAAAAGCUGUUUUCGGGACGUUGGUCAAGCGACUUCCGGAUUUUGGUGACCUGCCUCCGUCUUUGGGAAUCGGUUGCUUGGGAAUGCCUGGGCUGACGGCCUAUUUCGGACUGCUGGUGCAAGGGGAGGUGAAGGCGGAGGAUACGGUGCUGGUCAACGCAGCAGCUGGAGCUGUGGGCAGCGUCGUGGGACAGAUCGCCAAGAUCAAAGGCUGCAAAGUGAUUGGCUCAGCUGGAAGCGACGAUAAAUGUGAUUGGUUGAAAGAGAUUGGCUUUGAUCAUGUGUUCAACUAUAAGAAGAGAUCAGUCGACGAUGCACUGAAGGAAUUCGCCCCAGAGGGAGUGGACUUGUAUUUUGACAACGUGGGUGGAGACUUUUCUUAUGAUGUCAUGAAAAGUCACAUGAAGUUUGCCGGGCGCAUUGUGAUAUGUGGCGCCAUCUCGAUCUACAACGACGCACAAUUGUUGACAGAGCGAAGCACCGCCAUGUUCACCAUCUACAAGCAGUUAACCAUCCGGGGGGUCAUCGUCGGUGCUUUCGUCGACCGCUUCCCCGAAGCCCUGACCAAGAUGUUGCAGUGGGUGAGGGAGGGCAAGCUGAAAUACAAAGAGUCCAUCACUGAAGGCUUUGACAACAUGCCCAGCGCCUUCAUCUCGCUGUUCAGGGGCGGUAACACCGGCAAGGCUGUGGUCAAAGUUUGAGAACAGAGCGACUCUACCUUCGAAUUAUGUUUUAUUGUGACUCUUUGCUGAUUUUGUACCUUUAAAAACUGAAACAAGUAUGGUGCAAAGUGUGAAAAGAUUCCGUACACAGGAGUUAGUGUCAGCGAAAGUACCCGUAUGUAUCGUGAGUGGACCGACAGUGUAGAGAGACUGUUGUCAGCACCACAGGUGUUUCCUACACCGGGCUAUAGGCUUAAUUGUCGUAGGGAAAGGUUCACAGCUAGGGUGAAAUUCCUCCUGUCAUCCUGGCUUGGAUGCCCUGGCAUGCUUGUCAUCAGUGUUGAUGAGUGUGCUUUUGUUAUGAGCGGAAUAAAAGUUAAAGUUUCA